UUGGGAGAUGCGGAGCACGUGCAAGAGGUACUUGUGAUUGGUACUUCAUCCGGGAACGUCGAUUGAUCUGAAGGUCGGUCGGAUGGAAUAACUGAGAAGCAGCUCUUUGAGCAUCAGCAAUGGCAAAAACUAAAAAACCAGGCAAGAAAGGAGUGGGCCAUGCAGAAAAAGUAGCUAACAUCAAGAGCAAGGAAAGGGCAAUUAAUCCAUUUGAAAUCCAUUUCAACAAACAAAAGCAUACUGUCCUGGGUCAACAUCUUCCUGGUGAGAAAGGAAAACCAGGGAUCUCCAAGGCCAAGGCUCUGAAAAAGCGGAAAUUGACGUUGCUGCGAGAGUUGAAAACCAGGACGAAAUCCAAUGAGUUUUUGGAUCGUCGCAUUGGUGAGAAGACCAAGGGUAUGUCGGUGGAGGACCGCCUGGCAGCCAGGUUCGCCGCCGAACGCAAGAAGCAAAACAAGCAGACCCUCUUCAACCUGGAGGAGACCACCGAGCUGACGCACAUGGGCCAGACGCUAAGCGAGAUCGAGAAAUACGAGGACCCGCGCAGCGACGACGAGGGCGACGACGCACUCGGAGCCGAGUUCGUCAAGUCGGCCCACUUCGGCGGCGGACUGCUGGCCUCGGGCGGCCCCAACUCCGCCCAGAGCCGCAAGGAGUGGAUCGAUCAGAUGAUCGCCGACAGCAAGAAGCGCAAAUACGACGCGCGAAAGGCCCGCGAGGAGACGCUCGAGAUGACCGACAAACUGGACGACGACUACAAGCAGGUCAUGCAGAUCUUCAAGGACGCCGACCUCAUGCGCCCGACCCGGGCGAAAGAGCGGACGCGAGAGCCGAGCCCCGAGCCGGCACCGGCACCGGCACCGGCACCGGCAGCGGCAGCGGCAGCCGCCGCCGCCGCGCCCGACCCCUCCGACGAGUACGACAUGCUCGUGCGCCAGCUGGCCUUCGAGCCGCGCGUCGGGGCGUCGGAGCGGACCAAAACGGACGAGGAGGUGAAGCGGGAGGAGGCGACACGGCUCCGCUUGCUGGAGGAGGCGCGCCAGCUGCGCAUGCGCGCUGACCCGGAGGAGGCGGGCGGGGCGCGGCCGGCCGUCCACCGCAGCGCCGAUGACCUGGACGACGGGUUCCUGCUGGACGCCAAGCCGCAGCAGCGUCUUGAGCUGAUCGGCGAUCAGCUGGUGGUGACGUCAGAGUUGCCGGACGUGCCGCUGACGGGCCGCCAGGCCAAGAAGCGCCAGAGCCGGCUACAGCGGCAGCGCGACGCGGAGGAGGAGGCCGAGCAAACGCUUCCUGAGGCAGUCACGCUCCCUAAAGCCAAGCUUCCGACCUACAAGAAGCUCAGCGCCACCCUCCGGGCCCUGCUGCCGCUCGAGCAGACGCGUCACCUGACCGAGCUUGUGACGUCGCUGGAUCCGCAGCUGUCGCCGGGCAACAAGGCGCUGCUCAUCUCCCUGUACGAGAUGCUCCUGCGCUACAUCGGCGACUGCUGCCGCCGCUCGGGCGCCGCGGCAGACACCGGUUCGCCGGGCGGCGGACAGGUGGCGCUGCGCGCGGUGGACGCACUCGUUCCGCUGCUGUACGACCUGACGCAACGGCUGGGCGACGCGGCGUACCUGAGCUGGGUGGCGUGGCUGCGGCGGCGGCAGGCGGCGUACGGCCGGCGCCGGCGACGCUCCUUCCCGGGCCUAGAGACGCUGCUGCCGCUGCGGGUGUGUGGCCAGCUGUUCCCCAGCUCUGACCGCCGCCACCCGGUCACCAUGCCAGCCAUGUUGAUGCUGUGCCAGAUGCUGGCGGAGUGCCGCGUCACCUCGCGCCGCGAGCUGGCCGCCGGACUCUUCGUCGUCUCGCUUCUGAAUGAGUUCACAAGCCUGGCCAGCCGUUACGUGCCGGAGGUGAUCGGCUUCCUGCAGAGCGUGCUGUUCACGGCUGUGCCCAGCGAGCGCCAGGCGCCGCUGGCCGGCCACGUGCUGCUGCCCCAGCUGCCGCGCGGACCCCACUCCAGCCUGCUGCAGCUAACCACCAGCUGCGCCGGCGCGCCGUGUGAGCCGCUGCUCUCACUGUCAGCCGUCGAGUCAGAGGCGCCGCUGACGGACGCAGCGCGCGCCUCCUGCCUGCACGUGGCCGCCUCGCUGGUGCGCCAGCUGGCCGAGCGGCACGGCCAGCUGCCGGCCGCCUCCGAGAUCUUCGGCCCGCUCCGGCUUAUGAUGGCCGCCGUGGACGUCAGGAGAUACCCCGACGUUUUGCGCAACAAGUGGACGGCGUGUCUGAACACACUAGAAGGGAUUAGCUCUGAGAAAACCACCCUGGAAAAGAAUAAAAAACGACCUAAACCCCUCCGUUUGUACGAGCCUGCUAUAGAAGAGAACUUUGACGGCCGGCGGCGGCGGCCGGGCUCGCACGAGAAGCGAGAGCACGACAAGCUGGUGCACAAGUACAAGCGACAGAUGCGCUCGACGGUGCGCGAGGUGCGCCGCGACAACGCCUUCGUGGCGCGCCAGAAGCUGACCGAGAUCAAGACCAAGGACGACGACCGAAAGCGGAAGCUGAAGGACCUGAUGGCGUCCCUGGCCAACCAGGAGGGUGACUUCAAGCGCAUGAAGCGUCAAAAGUGAUCGAGCAUAGCUAUCGCUGGGCCUGUCCUGUUUUGUUAUGGAGGAAAUACACGCUCAG